GGCGACAUUUCUUUCUCUUUUCCCGCGUCAAUUUUGGGGAGGCCGGCGUUCUUUUUUUGUUGGCUUAUAUUUAUUUGCAAUAUAAUUGUAAUACCAGCAAUACAAUUUCAAUAAAAUGCCCCGUAAGAAGGAACCUAAAACGACCGACAAUGGAGAAGUAACCACAAGAACGUUAAGACCUAGGCCUGCACCCCAACCGAUCGCAGAACCCAAGAAAACUGCAAAAUCCAAGGAAAUUGAAAAAAAGCCACCGGCACCCAGCAAAGGAAAAAAAAGGGAGACCUCUUCCAACCAAAAAGACGAACCAAAGAAAAAAAUUCCCUUGGUUGAUAAUAAUCAGAAACAAGAUGAGGAAAAUGAAGAAAUUGCUCCAGAAGACUCAGAAGCAUUCCACAACUUUAAAGCUGAUAAUAUUGAAGGAAAGGAAGUCCCAUUAAGCCAAUACAAGGGCCAUGUAUGUCUUGUGGUUAAUGUGGCCUCAAAAUGUGGGCACACAUCAUCAAACUAUAAAGAACUGGUCGAACUUCAUAAUAAAUAUGCUGAUAAAAAAGGACUCAGGAUCCUCGCUUUCCCUUGUAACCAAUUUGGCAAGCAGGAACCUGGGGACAAUGAAAAGAUCUGUGAGUUUGCCAAGAAGAAAAAUGUUGCAUUCGACAUGUUUGCAAAGAUUAAUGUGAAUGGCAAAAAUGCUCAUCCGUUGUGGAAAUGGUUGACUAGUCAAAAAGAUGGACCAAAGGGAAGCAAAAUAGACUGGAACUUUACCAAAUUCUUAAUUGAUAAGGAAGGACAUGUUGUGGAGAGAUUUCAAUCUGCGGUUAAGCCUCUGGCAUUGGUAGAUGAACUUGAGAAGUUGUGGUAAUUUAUUUAUUUAUGUAACUAUUUGAGUUAUGGUAUGAUUUGUUUUUUAUGUCUUACUUUACUUAAAAUCUAUUACAAGUGUAAUACUAGUUUAGUAUAAGUGUUUUCUGUUCGUUAAGAGAGUAAAUAAAAAAGUUUUUAGUUUCAUGUGAAA